CCCAUAACAAUAUUACCAGAGCAAGACGUACUGGAGGACCAAAACAAAGAUGAUGAAAGUUACCUCAAGGAAUUAUUGGAGGCGUUGGAGGAGGAGAUGCAGAACAAUAAGUCCGUGACGGAUCUGGACGCCUAUGAAAAUGGUUCCAUGGACUCGCAAGUAGAAAAUUCAACGAGCUCAUUCGGGGGAGGUAUGGUUAUCGUGAACGUUAGUAAAGAAGAGGACGGCGGAAUAUUUGCUGGAUUAUUUAAUCUGUCUUUGGAAGAUGACACAACUCUCUAUGUCAUCAUCGGUGCUUCAGGUCUCUGUAGCCUUAUCAUUGUCACCAUCAUUUGUGUAGUUGCAUACCGUAAAAGGUACCCGGUUAGGCUAGGACUCGGGCGCAAAUUUGACACCUUCCAGAAUCCUAUUUACGAGAAAACCGUCGUAAGGAUGCCAAUGCAAGCAGAUGAUACAGAGGUGGAGAGGAAGAAGAGUGAUGCUGAGGAAAUGAGUGACUGUACUGUGUUAGAGUAAGAUACUGUACUAUAUAUGAAUGGUUGAGUCAAAACCAAGUAUUUUUAUUAAGCAUGAUCUUCAGUUGACCCAAAUGAUCAGAAGAAUAUGAUAAGCCUUCACUAGAGUUUAAUUCUUUUUUUAAUUUUGGUCACAUUGAAUAUAUGAUUCCAGAAUAAAUUGGUGAUGCAGGUACAGUAGUAAUACUAGAAAAUACUGGUUUUAGUGGUACAAAUUUUUUAUUACCUUGUAGUGAUUAUUUUAUAUUUGGGGUCCAGUUUAUGUGAAAUGAUAUUGAAUACCUGCAGUCUCAGAAUUUUUAAUAUUUACUUUUAAUUCCAGUGGAUCUCAUGUCAGUGCAUCUAUAUGAACUGAAAAGCUAAUUAUUUUCCAUGGACGGGACCAAAGACUUGGUAGAGUGCAUGAUGCAGAAAUCUAACUAAAAUAUAACUUUUUCUUUACAAUUAUUUUAUAAACUUUAUAAUGGAACUCAUUAAUUUGCUGUGUGAUAAUUUAUCACAAGGAUUAUCUUGAGUUCAUAAUGUAGUGGUCCUUUUUGGUUGCUGCAAAUUUGAUAAUAUGUUAUCAUAGUGGGCUGUAGGUGAGGCACGACUGGGGUCAUUAUACUGUACUGUACAUACAGCCAGCAGGGUAGUGCCUCUCUCAUCAGUCCUUCUGCUACUCUUGUACACUUUUCAUGUUUUCACCAUUACUGUAUUAUUAGUAUUGUCAGAUUUACUACUUGAACUGUGUGUGUGUGUGUGUGUGUGUGUGUGUGUGUGUGUGUAUUGUACACCUAUGGAUAUGUACAUAACAAAAGUUUUAUUUCUCUAUGUUUUUUCUUUGUAUAAAGGAAUUUUUUUAUUGGUAACAAAUCCCUCGCCAGGUUCUGUUUAAGAUCACCUGUCAGAACAACCUAACAGAGCUACUAUAUGUUUUCUUGGGGCUGGUCUACUGGAUCACUGCAUAAACAACAACUCACCCGGGUGAAUGGUGUUUUAUGAAUCAAAAGUUCCUGACCUGAUUAUGAUGUUUUGGUCAGGUAAAGUCAACAUGAGACUGGAAUGAACCCAGAACCAGCCAGCUUGAGUUGUUUUGGUCAGGUAAAGUCAACAUUGAGACUGGAAUGAACCCAGAACCAGCCAGCUUGAGUUGUUUUGGUCAGGUAAAGUCAACAUGAGACUGGAAUGAACCCAGAACCAGCCAGCUUGAGUUGUUUUGUUAAGGUAAAGUCAACAUUGAGACUGGAAUGAACCCAGAACCAGCCAGCUUGAGUUGUUUUGUUAAGGUAAAGUCAACAUUGAGACUGAAUGAACCCAGAACCAGCCAGCUUGAGUUGUU